CUCCUUUGAUUGGAUAUUUAAAUUAUUUAGUUUAUCUUGGUGAUUGGUCUAACUAGUAAUUUUCUCUGUAACAAAAUAAUAUUGGUAAAUGUGGGGAAAAAAUUGAAAAAAAAUCUCAAAACAGAAUAGAUUACCUAGAAAUAUAAAUAAAAACCAACAGAAUGAAAAGAAUUAGUUUCCUAAUCAAUAGUUAAAGUCUUCAUUUGCAUCUGGGGCAUAACCACCAGAUGCUGUUAGAAUGGCCUAAUGAAAUGGGUCGCAGAGAAACUUAUUACUUGCAGGCCUCAAACUGUGAUUCAAUGGCCCAGCAAAACAAGAAAAUGCGCCCUGUAUUACUCAAACGGAAUAGCCUGGAUUCAGUUGAUUUUAUGAGGCAGCCACACCACCGCAGGAGCAAAUCUCAGCAAGUCCGAUUCAAAGAUGAUGGUACAAACAAGAAGCCGAUUGGUGUCACUGAAAUGGACACUAAACCUGCCAAAGACACAACGCUCAUGAUUGAAAAGGCACAAAUAUCUAGGCACCAUAACCUGCCAAACUAUUCUCUCUCUUUCCCAAGGGCUCAGAAGGGGCAUCGGAAUAUUGCUAUUCAAACUUCUCCCAGCCUUAGGAAGCACUUUCCAGUUUUUAAAAAGAAAAAACUGACAACAAGUAAGUCUUUAAUGGAAAUGCCAACCGAGCCUGAAUGCUCUGUCCAAGUCAAUGGCAAUCUUUCUGAACAAGACAUGUCUUUGGACCUCUCUUACUUAAGAAUAACUAAACAUUUGGAAAAUGGAUCUAGAAGAGCCAAGACAUCCCAUCAGUUAUUUCAAAGAGAGUGUAAAGCACAAAGCAAUGGACCUAUCCACUCAGACUCAGAUACUUCCGCAAUACUGGAAAAGGCAACUGUUUAUAGACAGGUGCCUGAAUACAUACAUCUGACUUCUCCACAGGACAACAGUGCUUCUGUAUAUGCUUCAGACAUGUCCAUGGAUUUAAAUGAUUCAGGACGUUCUCCUACUACUAUGAGCCAAUCCAAUGAAAACUGUACACUGCCAUCCAAAUCAGGAAAAUCUCCUGCCUGCUUAAACAAUACCAGAAACUGCAAUGAAAUUAAUCCACAUUAUGACUCUUGUGAAGAAAAAAGUGUUUUGGAGUUACCUGAAUCCACUAAAGACACUAGCACUAAUGAAAACACUCCAUUAUCACCUUUGUUGAAUCAGAGUUCAUCACACUGCUUUCUCAGAGAUCAUCAACAGCUAACAGAGCCUGAAACAGAUUCGGACUGCAUGGUGCUGAUUAAUGAUAAUCAUGGAAUAACGUCAUUGACCAGCAGUAAUGAGUCAAAAUCUAUUCCCUCGUGUCACACUGAAACGGAUAAAACUUCUACACAGUCAUCUGUUCCAGAGUAUAGCAAUUAUUUAGAAGACUUUCACAUAAAGUCCCAUCUUCCAGGGAAUGAAAUUAAACCAGAAACCAACAAAGAGAUUAGAGACAUUAAUCAAAUUCACUUGGCACAUGGCGAACUAUGUGCCCUACAAGGCAGGCUGCAGUCCAUAGAGGAAUCUUUGCACUCAAACCAGGAGAAGAUUAAAGUCCUUCUGAAUGUAAUUCAAGACCUGGAAAAAGCCAGAGCCCUCAGUGAAGGGCGCAACUUCUACCGCACUGGCCAAGACCUCAACAACUGCAGCACUUGCCAGAACACUGCAUGUAUCAUUUACAGUGUGGAAUAUGACUUCAGACAACAAGAAGGCAGAUUUCAUCAGGUUUUGAAAACACUGGAUCAAGUGGAGCAAGCUCCUGCCAUGGCUCCAGCCCCCAAAUUACCACUUGACCAUCCAAUUCCCGAGAAACAGGAAUUAAGACGAAAAACAAAAAAGGUGAAAAAGAAAUGCUUCUGGUGGAUGUGAAUGCCUUUUAGCUGACAUACAGAAUUGAAGGACUACAUUUCAGAAGAUAUUAAAACAUAUAUACAGAGGCUUUAAUAUGUACAACUGUGAAACCACAAACAGAAAACUAAAAAAUGUCUAAGAAGGUAUUUGAAAACUCCAAAGCUUAGAAUGGAAUUUGCUCAUUUAACAAGCUCAGUGAAUAAAGACAUGAGUAUUUUGAAACGGGAUGCAAUCUAUCUCUUUGAUUCAAAAAGACAUCUUCAUAUGCUUCGUGAAGGCAAAAUUUUUACAUUCAAAUAAUGCUGAAGUUGUGAUUUAAAUUGAUAAAAACAAGGGCAAUCAAAGUAAAGGAAGCUGCUCCCAUAUGCAUUCCCACAUCAUGCUUAGUUUCAAACAAAACGGCCUAAAAGUCAUUCCCUGAUCUUGUCCCCAGUGGUGCAACCAAAAACUGUGGGG